UCGUAGCUAUAGCAAACACAACUGAAGAUUGUCCAAUAGAACAUAUAUAUCUAUGGAUACUGUCAUUUCUGCAGCAGCUAGUGACAUCAUUAGCCGAUUCAUGUCCUUCCUUAUCAGUAAGUAUGGCAACAGGCCAUGUUUGAAGACCAACCUUGAGAGAUUGCAGCAUCUUCUUGUGAGGGUUCACAUGGUUGUUGAGGAGGCAGAAGGACGAUACAUUACAAAUUCAGUUAUGCUGAUGCAACUCAAGAUGCUUACAGAGGCUAUGUUUGAAGGCUACCAUGUCUUGGACACUUAUGGUCCCUUGGAGCUUAUCAGGGCAUCUGGGGAGGUGAGUGACUCUUAUGCCGUGGAUUUCCAUUAUGUCAGACGAUUUCGUCUAGCAGGUAGCACCAUUGUUGGCAAGGAGGUGAAGAGUUCAAUAGAAAAUUUAGAAACCGUUAUUGAUAACAUAAAGGAAUUUGUUUCACUCCUAAAUGGAUGCGAAAGGAUGUUCCGCAAUCCAUAUAGCACGUAUCUUUACAUUGAUAACUUCAUGUUUGGACACCAAGUCGAAAGACAGAAGAUCAUGAGCAUAUUGAUGCUAGAUGGCCAUCCUAGGUCUCCAGCUGUGAUCCCUAUCAUUGGUGGCUGUAGAGUUGGUAAGAAGACAUUGGUCUGGAGUGUUUGUAGUGAUGAACGGAUCCGCUCUAAAUUUUCGGCUAUACUGCAUUUAAAUGGUGAUGAUGUUAAGAAAUUUGACCAAUGCAAGGUUAUGCCUGUCAGGACAAUAUUUACUGUUGAAUUUAUUUCAGAUAUAACUGAUAUUGAAUGGUCGAAUUUUCAUUCUUUGCUAGCCUCCUCUGGCAAUGGAAGUAAGGUUAUAAUUAUAAGUAGGCUUGAGAAACUAGCAAGGUUUGGAACUGUAAACCCUAUUGAAAUUAGGAAGUUUUCCCAUGAGGAGUACAGCUACCUAUUCAAGAUGCUCGCAUUUGGGAGCUCAGACCCACUGGACCACCCAAAGUUAGCAGUAAUAGGGACGGAGAUAGCAAGAACAUUGCAGGGGUCACUUGUCGCUAUAAACAUCUACGCCAAUGUUCUGAGGAAUAAUAUGAGUGUUCCGUUUUGGAUCCGUGUACUGAAACUUUACAAAGGGAUGAUGGAGAGCAACUUGUCCUUGUACGGUCAACAUCCCAAAUCACUACUUGAGAAAGAUAGAACUAUUGUUGAUAUAACUGCAUUUUCUCCAGCAUUGGCUACAAACUCAUACCGAAUUGCACUGCUAACUGGUGAAAAAUUCAGGAAUGAUUCGAAAAGGGAAUUACCUGUCAUGGGAUUUGGAGACAUAAUAGCGGGCUCCAUGACUCUGCCAAAGAAGUUUCAGUUAGUCUGGGAAUCACGGUUAGCUCCUCACACUGUUAUUUCUGCAACUUGUGGUGCAGAGAAGCUUCUGUCUACAAACUCAAUAAGGAAGAAACGGAAGAUUGUCUAUAGUUUCUAAGCCAGCAAUAUUUCGAUAACAUGUGGACAAUUUGUGUACUUCAAUUGUAUAGAUUUUGUACUUUAACUAGGUAUAUUUCAAACCUGUUAAGGAAGGUGGCAAUUAUCAGCUGUAAUUGAUCUGAAUUAUUCAACCUUUUAAUGUUAAUAUAUCCACUAAUGAGUAAUUA